CAUUCUUGCACUCACAUACAUCCACCCUCACCUUCCACAAUGUCAUUCCGCAGCCUCGCCCCCCUGAUGCGCUUUGGUCACACGGGCCCGACCGCACAACGAUUCCUCUCCACCUCUCUUCCCCUUUUCAACAGCGUCGUCUCGUCCACUCCACCAGCGUCUUUGAACGAGGGUGAGAAGCACCUCUACUCAAAGUUGUUUGAAAAGUUCCAGCCCAGCAAACUAAUUGUUGAGGAUAUUUCAGGCGGUUGCGGAUCGAUGUAUCAGGUCGAGGUGGUCAGCCCUGCAUUCAAGGAUCUGUCUAUGGUUAAGCAGCACCGCCUUGUGAACGAGACGUUAAAGGAGGAGAUCAAGGGCAUGCAUGGCAUCCGUUUGACCACAAAGGCCUCUGCAUGAACUCUGUAACCAUAUUCACCGUCCUAGAUAGUAUAUAUAUAUCAUUGAUCCUCUCGACGCAUUUUGCUCAGGAAAAAAAAAAAAAAGAC